GCUCGCGAGAAGAGCGCUUGGUAGAGGCAGUUUCUUGAUCAGCCGCUCCAGUGAUGGCUUCCGGCGCGGUCAGACUCCGCGGGCAGGACCGGCUGGACUGAUCUGCGGAGUCGCGAGGGCGCGAGGGCCUGCCCUGACCGAGGGACGUAACGCAAAUACUGCAGGCAGUGUUUGAAAAUGGCCCUGUCCUCCGGCGAUCAAAGGAGCAGGAGUGGCUACUAUUCUUUCCACGGAGACCUCAGCUCGGCGGCCUUAGCUUUGGCGAUGGUCUCUGGGGACAGCUUCCUCGUUACCAGGCCUGAGGCUAUUCUUCCAGAACUUCCUCGGCCGGCUAUGCGGAUAAACGCCCGGACCGAGAGCCGUCGGGCACCUACUGGUGGCCAGAGCCCUGCCCGCUUUAUAAAGGGCCGGGAACCUGAUGGGCGGAGCCGGAGCCGGCAGGCCAGAUUCUCACCGUACCCUGUCCCUGAGGUGAAACUCGACCUCCUGAGAAGUGUCCUGCAACAACGUCUGGUGGCACUUGGAGGUGUUAUCGCUGCCCGUCUCUCGGCCUAAGACGAACACCUCCCUCCGCCCCCCCAAUUAGCUUGUGAACAAGGCUUCUCUCAAAUCCUU